CUCCUCCUCCAGCAGCCAAAGGGAUUUUUUCCCCCUUUCUUUUCUCUCUCCCUCUCUUCUUUUUUUUUUUUUUUCUGGGGCAUUUUUUUCCCUCCUCCUCCUCCUCUUCCUCCCCGCCGCGAAGCCGGGCGCCAGCGUGAAGGAUAAAUAAAAAGCGAGGAGGAAGAGGCUGGGGAGGAGGAGGAGGAGGAGUGGUGUUGGUGGUGGUGGAAGGGGGGGGGGAGGAAAGAAGAAGAAGAAAGCGAGCAAGAAAAGAAAGCGCGGAGGCAGGCGGUGAGCCCGGGCGCUGCCGGCAGCCGGGGCGGGCGGAGCGGGGCCGGCGAUGGACGAGCAGCCGCGGCUGAUGCACACGCACAGCGGGGUGGGGAUGCCGGGGCACCCGGGCCUGUCCCAGCACAUGCAGGAUGGACCAGGCGGGGCGGAGGGGGAGGCAGGCAGGAAGCAGGACAUCGGAGACAUCUUACAGCAGAUCAUGACCAUCACGGACCAGAGUUUGGACGAAGCGCAGGCCAGGAAACAUGCUUUAAACUGCCACAGGAUGAAGCCAGCCCUUUUUAAUGUCUUGUGUGAAAUCAAAGAAAAAACAGUGCUGAGCAUCCGGGGAGCGCAGGAAGAGGAGCCCACGGACCCCCAGCUGAUGCGGUUAGACAACAUGCUCCUGGCCGAGGGGGUAGCAGGCCCAGAAAAAGGAGGUGGCUCGGCUGCUGCUGCUGCCGCCGCUGCUGCAUCAGGAGGAGCCGGCUCCGACAAUUCAGUGGAACACUCUGACUACAGAGCCAAACUCUCCCAGAUCCGGCAGAUCUACCACACAGAGCUGGAGAAGUAUGAGCAGGCAUGCAAUGAAUUCACCACCCAUGUGAUGAACCUUCUGCGUGAGCAGAGCCGGACCCGACCUAUCUCACCAAAGGAGAUAGAGCGGAUGGUGAGCAUCAUCCACCGCAAGUUCAGCUCCAUCCAGAUGCAGUUGAAGCAAAGCACGUGUGAAGCCGUCAUGAUCUUGCGCUCCCGAUUUCUGGAUGCACGGCGGAAGAGACGAAACUUCAACAAGCAGGCUACGGAAAUCUUGAAUGAGUAUUUCUAUUCCCAUCUCAGCAACCCUUACCCCAGUGAGGAAGCCAAAGAAGAGCUAGCCAAGAAAUGCGGCAUCACAGUCUCACAGGUAUCAAACUGGUUUGGAAAUAAGAGAAUCCGGUACAAGAAGAACAUAGGUAAAUUUCAAGAGGAAGCCAAUAUUUAUGCUGCCAAAACGGCUGUCACGGCUACCAAUGUGUCAGCCCACGGAAGCCAGGCUAACUCACCCUCAACUCCCAAUUCAGCUGGUUCUUCCAGUUCUUUUAACAUGUCAAACUCUGGAGAUUUGUUCAUGAGCGUGCAGUCUCUCAAUGGGGAUUCUUACCAAGGGGCCCAGGUUGGAGCCAACGUGCAGUCACAGGUGGAUACCCUUCGCCAUGUUAUCAGCCAGACAGGAGGAUACAGUGAUGGACUCGCAGCAAGUCAGAUGUAUAGUCCGCAGGGCAUCAGUGCUAAUGGAGGUUGGCAAGACGCUACUACCCCGUCAUCAGUGACCUCCCCCACAGAAGGCCCUGGCAGCGUUCACUCUGAUACCUCCAACUGAUCUCCCAGCAAAUUGCAUCCCUGGCUGAGCCAGCCCCGGCGGGGGCGGGAGGGGAGGGGGCCUCUCCUAACACCGCAGCAGUCAGACUGGAGGUGAACCCAAUCAGCACACACAAGAAGACUCCUCUUCUCUUCUCUUCGUCGGGAUGCUUUUUUCAGCCAAUCUGGACACUUCUUUAUACUCUCUUCCCUUUCUUUUCUGGGUAGAAGCCGCUCUCCCCCUCCCUGCCACUGCCACAACACCACUCCCUUCCCCUCACCCCUUCCCACCGAAGGAUGUUUGAACAGACAGAAGGAUUUUAAGGAGGAAAAGCAAAAAUCAACUGCUGCCACACAAAGCAACCCCAAAGCAGCAUACAGCCUCGCACUAGGCAACUUUCUGAGGAGCCACAAACGUACCUCAGUCAUGUCUUGCUCCUUUACUAGCUGGCAGCCCCUCUCGCCUCCCAGUUUUUCACGCUACCUCUCCGUAGGGAAGUGCCACCGCAGCCCUGCUGCCUCCUUGUCUCCGCCAGGCCUGGCUGCAGCCAGCGCGUUGCCUCCUCGUGCCCAGCCCUGUCUUGGAGAGCUGUCCCUCGGGCACUGCCCGUGACGGGGCGGGUGGACACAGUCCCCUGUGCACAUGAGAGAAGGAGCCGGCAUGCUUCCCUUCGAUUCCGAAAGGUACCGGCAUACUCCCAGCCCCAGGAAACCAGUGACUCUUACCGGUCCCUGCCUUUCUGUGCUGCACAUCCCAACGGUGGCUGAGCCUUGAAACCCCACCAUCCUCCCUGCCCGCUGUUGAAGGGGAAGAGAGGAGGGAAGAAAUUGAGACAGAGGUGGACGAGAAAUAGCCAUCACUGGUAACGAAGGUGUGUUGUAUGGGAUCAGGCAUAGAUGAUGGAUGGGACCCCAGCAAUUUUCUCACAGCAUCAAGGGUGGCCGGCGGUGGAGUUGUUUCUGGCAAGGAAAGCAUCAUGGAGUGUUGGCUCGUGAUUUUGGGAGUGUGCCAAGCUGCAGAAGAGGAGGAGAUGGGUUCCCUGGUGCAGGCAGGACCCAUAGAGGUUGGUGGCACUCGCUGCAUUCCCAAAGCCUUGCCAGGCAGGCAGUGAGGGACAGGCGGUGAGAUCCCUGUAUGCAGUGGGGUGAGCGCACUGGGUGCUUUUGGUAACGGUUAAUGCAAUAGGUUUGCUUGAGGGUCAAAGCUCUUUGAGAUGCCCUGCUUGGGGAAGUCUUUGAGCUGACAGGUUUUAUAAAAUCGCUGGUUUUAUCUUGGGAGAAGCAUCCCGAGUUGCUGGAGCACUUGUGGGGUUUCUGGUCCAUUUUCUGGACAAGCGGUGAUGGGUGUUAAGCAGUGCUUCGUCCUGCAGAAACACACCUUCAGGCAGCCCACGCUGGGACAAUGUGGCCCUUGUUGACAACCAGGAUGCAGAGGCUCCCGUUUGUGAAGGGCAACGGGCCCGUCUUUGUGCUGGGGCGGUACCUCUGGCCGUCUGCUCUUCCAGCAGGGGCGAGGAGGCUGAGCUGGCCUGUGUCAAGACCCUGGGUGUCAUGGGUGCACCGGUGUGGGUGCAGCAUGUCUGGCACCUCCUGAUGGACCCUUGUACCUCUUGAUCACAUCGCAUGCUCUUGCUCACCUGUACCCAUCCUGCCCAUGCUGGUGGCAACCAUCUCAGGAUGGGAACUGCCAGCGCAGAGCAGCAUUAAGCAGGUUCCAUUGAAAAUUGAAGCUCUGCCAGAAAAAUUCCCGCCCUUUUGCUGGGAAAAGGAUGUGCCCCUGGCUCCGACAUGCUGCCACUUUGCAGUGUGGAGCCAGCAGCGUGAGUUGCCAGCAGUGGAGGUGAAGCCUGCCUUUCCUUGGGGAACAAGCCCAGUAAGCUCCAAAACAACCAGUCUGCAAAUUGUGACCUUCCUCGGAAUACCGAAAGUCCCGAUUCAGUGGAUUUUCUGUUUCUGAGCUGGUGGGUGCAGAGUAGGAUGUGAAAGGUGGACAAGAAACAGCACAAGUUGCUCCUUGCUUAGUUCUUAAGUCUCCAGCAGUGAGGCACUUUCUGCUCCUCCUUUUGCAUCCGUGCCCAGGGAUGGGGACCACGCUGCGGAGCAUGAUGUGGCACACGAGGACUAGAGCUGCCUCCCGGCUGGGAAUGUGUUAAAAACAACGAGAAGGUCGGUGGUCCCUGCGGGGAUGAGAAGGUUGGUUCCCUGCUGGUUAGGAGGUGCUGCCCAUCUUCCUGAGCUGUGUACCAUCCUGCUCUCCUCCUCCUCCCGUGACCUCUCCCUGUGCAGCCUUUUAACCAUUUCCAGUUUAUUUUACAAGAGACCGUUCCAGCGAAGCGUUUCAGGGACAUGGGACCGGUUCAGGUCUGUUCUCUGGAGCAGCAGCAGCGCUGAGCCUGCGGGAAUGCCACGGUACCUCUUGGAAACCAACCGGAAAAGAGUCAAAACCACCUGCUCUCCGGCACCUGCCCCUGCCCUGCAGCCGCUGCCCCUCUUCCUGGGGCACUCGCUCCUCCACGGUACUUUGCAAAUCACCUCCUUGGGUUCCCUGGUUGGUCCCUGCGGUUCGCGUUGGCGUAGCUGCUCGCUUGCCUUUUUUCCUUUGCUUUUUUACGUUUUGGGUUUUGUUUCUCCUCCCCUUUGUGCCCCGAGUGUUGUGGGUUUUUUCUUUUUUUAAUUUUUUUUUUUUCUGCCCAGAAAAACCUGACUUCGAUACCAAAAAAACAAAACAAAAAAACAAAAAACAAACAAAAAAAACCUGCAGAAACUCAAAAAAAAUAAAAACAAAACGAAAAAAAAUCCACAAAAAAAACUCGACGAUUCUUUCAGCUUUAUUAACAUUUUCCAUUGUUUCUUGCGAUUUGUGUCUCGUUCUUUGUAGUAUUGAUGAUAACGAACAUUUGAUAAUGAAUGUUCUUGUAUAUUCAGAUAAAGGAGAAAAAAAAAACCAAAAACGCAGUUGGAAUUUAAUAGUGUUUAUAAUAAAAGAAUAAAAAAUGACCCUCUUAGCACGCAAAAUUGGACAGGGGGAAGGUCCCGUCCCUGUUCUUUCUGUGGCAACAAGCGCUUCAUUCCUGUAUAGUUUAUAACAUCAAACUACCUACAUUCAUCAUCUUUUUUUGUUUGUUUGUUUUUCCCAUGGUUUGUUUUUUUUUUUUGCCAUUUUCUCGCAUUUGUGAAUUAGUUCAAGAAUGCUAGAAAAGUGUAGAGUUGUGCACACUCAUUUCUUCUUACACAAUGUUUAAAAAAGUGACGGUAAUUCAUUUUGUAAAACUUUAAAAAGAAAAAAAAAUGGUUGGAAUAGUGAGCAUUAAUAGGUACAGUCUAACACUUUAUGUUUCUUAACGUUGAGACCCAGAAAUUACCUUUUAUUUUAUUUUUUUUGGCAUUGUUUGGGAGGGGAGAGGGGGCUUUGAUGAUGAUGGUGAGUUUAUUUGGACCUGUCCGAGACGACGGCCUUGCUGCUUCCCCUGCAUUUUUGAGCUGUGACCCAAGUGAUGUGAAAAGCAACAGGGGUGGUUUGGGGAGAUGUUUCUCCCCACUCAUUUUGACACACAACCCCAGAAGAUCUUUGGGAUUACAUCCCUGAAGAGAUGUGAUCCCGAGGGGUCAUGGGGAGGAGAUGCUCUUGGGGGUGAUGGGUGUGGGUCUCCAUGCCUGGGGGUGAUGCUGAGCUGCCUGGAAGUGAUGUAAGGACAGGAAUCGUCCCCAAAAUGUGUAGAUGUGGGGUUCAGUGCCGUUACACUCUGCUCCAAAUCCCAGCAGCACCCUUUGCUGGCUUGGAGGCACCCAUCAAGCCCAACGGUAGCUCUCAGCCCUAAAACAAGGGUGGGAAGCAUGGAAGGGUCCAACCUCUUUUCCACCAUGGACCUUCUUGAGGAUGGGGUCUCGCAGCCUGGCCCCGAGCCCUGGCUGCAUGGGGGGCUGGGAGGGAUGAGGGACAUCGGGAGGGACAUGGCAGCCCCCAUCCAUGGUGGAACCCAGCCAAAAUGCCCCCAAAUACAUCCCAGAAUCUCCGUGGCUGCAGAGUGGGGUUCAAGGAGAAGCGCUGGGUGCCAUCGCUUUAGCUUUCUCUUAAAAACAGUUUCCCUGCUCCCUCCCUCCCAUCCUCCCAGAAAUCUGAGCUUUUCACAUCACUGACCGGUUUCGAGUUUGGGAUGUUGUUUUUAAUCCCAAGGUUUCCUGGAGUCCUUUUGUUUUCGUACACCUUUAUUAUUAUUAUUAUUAUUAUGACAAUGUAAAUCAGACAUUGCCUGGGGGGUUGGUUUUGGUUUGCUUAUUUUGUUCUUGCAAAGCCCUUUCUAUCCCUUGUAAAGAUGACCCCAUUGCUCUGAGUUGCUUUUUCUUUUCUAUUUUCUCCCCAUCCUUUUUUUUUCUCUUCCUAAUGGAUUCCAAAUAUUAAAAAAAAAGAAAAACCCUACAAAAAAAAAAAAAAGACUCUGUUCCGACCUGGUUUUGAAACUUUAAGCUUUUCUGCUUCUGUAAAGAAAAAAAAAAGGCCUCUGUCUUUCUGAUCCCAAUUGAGACUUUUAUGUUCUAUGACGAUACUAACAAGGUGUAGGUUUUACAGUUUCCUGAUUUGUACUGGUAAUGCAUAUUCCAA